AUGGAAAAUCAGGCGAGUCGAGUCGAGCUCAGCGACAGCGGCUGUGGUUCCGGUACCACAUGUAAAGCGAUGAUGGACACACAGCCAGCCACCGACAGUCAGGACACGCUGUUGGAGAGGCAGUCAGCGCAGAAGCUCAUUUAUGGGCGACUGUGCGCCAAGAGGGUGCAAAUGGGAAGCCUUGAUCUACACGAUGGUGUGUUUUCGGUUGGUCGCAAUGCUAUUUGUCAACUGACCUUGAAUACGGAACACAUGCCCCAGAGCAUGCUGGACCACGUAUCGAAGGUUCACUUUACCAUCGAGAAACAGGAGGAGGAAUUUGAUGCUCCAGUUUAUAUCACAGACAAAUCUCGACACGGAACCUAUGUGAAUGGAAAGCUUAUCGGUGCGAAUCGGCAGAGGGUGCUGAAGGAUGGGGAUGUGAUCUCGAUCUGCCAUCCCGAGCUGAAGGCUUUCAUCUAUCAGGAUCAUCGGCUGACCGGCGAAAAGCAGCAGCUGGCUCGCGAUCUUCCUGCAAAAUACUAUAUUGGCCGCAUCCUACGGUGUGGUGCUUUUGGUAUGGUGUACCUGCUCCACCAUACCGAAACCUGUCAGCCAUACGCAUUAAAGGUCGUGAAGGAAAAGAUGAGCGAACAACUGACACGACAACGAGCCCUCAACGAUCCCGCGCAUGUAGUGAACGAGGUUAACAUUAUGAAAAACCUUGAUCAUCCCUGUGUUAUCCGGAUGCACGAUUUCAUCGAUAAACCGCACUCACUAUACAUGGUGCUCGAGUACAUGGAGGGAGGUGAUCUACUUUGGCGCAUUCUCGCCAAAGGCAGGCAAACGGAGAAAACCUCCAAGCUGUUCUUUCUCCAGAUGUGCCACGCUGUCAAGUACCUGCACAGUCAAGGAAUAACGCAUGGCGAUCUGAAACCGAACGACAUCCUGCUGGCGGAUGAGGAAGAGUACACGCUGCUAAAGGUGUCGGACUUUGGGCUAAGCCGGUUCGUCGGUAAGAUCUCGAUGAUGCGCACAUUUUGCGGCACCCCUAUGCACGUGGCCCCGGAAGUGCUGCUUACGCGAGAGACCGGCAGCUGUACCUCCAAAGUAGACAUCUGGGGCUUGGGCGUACUCCUCCACCUGAUGCUGAGUGGUAUGAUGCCAUUCUCAGACGAUUUUGGAACACCGGCCAUCGAGCAGAUCGAACACGGCAAGUUUAGCUUUCGUCAUCUCGUCUGGCGAAACGUGUCGUCAAAAGCGAAGAAGCUCAUCUACGAAAUGUUGAACAUCAACCCAAAAGAACGUCCGUCCAUCGAUACUGUCCUUGCCAGCAGUUGGAUGCGCGAUCCGGCCGUGAUCACCGAGGCGGUGCGCUUGACGGGAUGCCAACUGACAAUGCAACGAACGCCGAUACAACCACAGCGUCUCCAGCAUACAUUCUCAGUUGUGGAAAAUAACAAUAAUGCCUGGUCCACUGUGGGCCAACCGCCCAUAAAGAAGCAGCGAAUGUGA